AUGCCUAAAAACUUGGGCUCCUUCCAACAGGUGUCGCAUCCAAGUCUAGGAUCUUUGCCCAAAGGACAACCCGCUGCUCAUGAACCCCCGCUACCGACCUUAUUGGGUAUAACGAGCAGCAACAGCACAGAGACUAGUGGCAUUUACUCCACCUUGACACCAAGUUGGAGUAUCGUGGCUUCGACCGAUCAGCCGUCCGCACCGUUAUCUGACUCUCAGUUUGAGGGCGACUCUCUUCGGCGACCGGCCACCCUUCCGGCACUGGGGCGGCAUUAUGGUGGCUCAUUCUACCUUGGACCUGCUCCUCCCAUUGAGAGGUCUGCUACAGACUCCUCAGGUGCUUCUGAUGUUGCUCAUUUGUAUCAAACACAUUCAACCUCGUCACGGCACAACAAACUGGACAUAUCAAGCAAUUGGGGGCAAAUACCGGAUGAGAUAGCAAUACCCGCAUCAGACAGCUUCGCAAGAAAGUUCGUCAAUAGUGAGGCAGACGUUGUAGAGGCAUCUUGGGGCCAACAAGGCACUUCGAUGCCACCGCCUGAGACCGUCAGCGCACUUCCCGUCGCGUUUGUAUCGGUAGUCCCAGAGCCAGCCAGGGGCAAUAAAUCAUCACGGACACAUACAUCAGUCGAAAUGGAGCAGGCGAAAGGAAAACAUAGAAGAGUCGAUAGCAAGGAUGAUGAUCUUGGAGAGUCGUCAAGAAUCCCUGCCAAUAUCAAAAAGAAAAGGAAGCCUCAGUCCGUGACGUCACAUUCCAGAGCUGCCAGGACAAGUCAACGGCCUGGUCGGAAGUACGAAAUGCAAUGGCGCCUUGGUCAGGCACCGGCAGCCGGUAUCAGAGACGCAAGAGAAGAGUCAAACUUUGAACGGGUGCUUACUGCUAUUUCCAGCUAUCACCAAGGCAAUGCGGCUGGUAUUUGGAAGACUGCCAUGCUUCAAAAUGCUUCUGAAUUUGAUGGAAAUGGUCUCACGGAAGCUAUUUCAGUCUCUAUUAUGCUAGCUGCAGGGUUCAUUGCUGCCGGUCAAUCUGAGAGUGCAAGCCAAAUUCUGAACACGACUUUGCCGCUUGCUAGAAUCAUGCUACUCAGUCAGCACCCCCAGCUCUGCUUUUACCUCACCGAGAUUAGCAUGGACACUUCGAAGACUGUGGUUGGAAACCUUCGGGCGUCAUGGAAGAAUUAUCUGACACCACUUGCCGUCAACGUUCUAGGGGUGCGUCACCCUAUCUCUAUUCUGCUCCAGACGCCUUUGACGGUCGAACAGAAGGUGAGAAUGCGAAAAGUGGGACAAAGAAUAGCACAUGAGGAGCACAUCCGAGCCUUCGGCACCCACUCAUAUCAAACCAUGCUGCACCUCUGGUACUGGGCUCGACUCACCGCCUCAUCAGGCGACGUUGCGGAAUCCAUCCGAAUGCUCGAAAACUUGACUCAGGCUUGGGAACAGGUCUACUCGACCAAUUCAGCUGUGUCAAUCGCUGCCAUCGUCGAGCAGGCCAGAGUGAUGCUCGCAUCUGGAGACGCCAGCGUAAAGGUUGAAUGCAUCCUUGGUGACGCGCUUCGACGGAAUGACGUGCUUUCCUCGGGCCAGUCUCUGCAGCCGCAGUUCAUGGACGCGGCCGAGUUAAGGUUACGAAAGAGUAGCCUCAUCUUCUCUCGGUUAGCGGCUUUUCGCUGUCUGGGACGUUUGCACCUCAUGAGAAGCAAUCUCGGCAACGCAAUAUGCUGUUUUCGACAAGCGCUGGACAUAGCCGAAUCGAACUUGACGGAAGCAUCUUCAGUGAGGAAGAUGUGCAAGACCGAUCUGGCCGCCGCAAAAAUGUUGGAACUCGAGCAAUCCAUGGGUGGCUUGACACUGACGGACCCGAUGAGCAGACUUCCUCCCCUUACCAGCAUAAUUCCUUUCUCCCCUGUGGAAAUGACUGGGACACGGUAG